GGCGGGAAAUUUAGGACAGGUCAAGCCAUUGAUAACGCUGGAUUUCUUUGGAGGACAUGGCUUUUUCGGACAGCAGUCUUAACAUCACUCAAAUGUUGAAGAAAUUCGGAUUACUAUUCUUUCAUUUUCUGUUGGUUGCAGCUAAUGGAAGACUCUUUACUUUGGAAUCCUUGAAUGGCACCCAGUCCUUUGAUUUAGAAGCAGCUCGGAGAUCAUGUGAUUUGGAGAGAUCAAGGUUGGCCACUGCGGAAGAACUGAGACUAGCUGUUUUGGAAUGUUCCUUCAAUGACUGUACCAAAGGUUGGCUGGCCAAUGGUGUUGUAGGGACAAUAGUUUGCAAUCAAAUGGACAAUGAACCUCAAAGUGGAAUGAAAGCCAUUAGUGUCAAAAUUGACAAUGUUAUGACCAUGACUGAGGAAUAUGAUGCUUUCUGUGUUAAGGAUGAAGACAAACCUUGCGGCGAUCCUCCUUCAUUUCCUAAUACUAUCCUACAUGGUCACACUGGAUUUGAAAUGGGGGAUGAACUGCUUUAUAUCUGUUCUCAUGGAUAUGUUAUGGGCAGAGGAGAAUCAGCUUUUACUUUGCUUUGUGACAGCUGCGGCAAAUGGUAUGGACAAGUCCACGCAUGUGUUAAAGAUGAGACAGAAGCUUUUAUAGACUAUGAAGACAACUUUCAUGAUGACAAAGAUAUACCAGAUAUGGACUCUCAUAAUGAAGAAGAUGAUUAUGGUGAAGAUCACAUGGAGCAUCAUGAGUUUUCUCUUAACGUUCACAGUGAACAAAGGUCUCAGUUAGAAGAUCUGCCUUCUAUUGCAAAAGCAAAUAAAGUACCAACUAAAUCUCCAUUUUCAAUACUAAGUGAAAAACACCUAUUCUGGCUUCCUCCUGAAGUUAUAAGUCACCCUCAGUCUCAAAUGGAACCAUAUGAGGUCACUAAAGUGCAACAUUUAAAUAAUAUUAAUCACAAUGGAAUGUUUCCUGAUUAUAUCAAACCUUUAGAAAAGCAAAACAUAGGUAGUAAAGAUUUCCUAAUUCACCAUCCGAGACUAAAUAACAAUACAAGGACUAACAAAAAUUCAACUGACACCAAAGAUGGCUCUGCUUGGAGUGGUAAAAUGGAAAAUAGGGCUGUGGAGGAUGGUCAAAGUUCUGAUGGUUCUUUGGAAAUGGAAGAUGCUUCUCUAAACAUUCUUCAGACACAUAAUCUUGAAUAUAACGUUCAUGUUAGCACAUUUCCACCUAGCACUGUAAUGAGCAGGAUUGUUUCAUCAUUAACAUCAGUGACAAAGUUUGGCGUUGGCAAAGGAGAAGUACAACUUAAGCCAACCGUUGUACCUGAAUAUAUAAAUAGUGAUGAAAGAAAUCAUUAUGUUAUUGGCUAUGAAACAGGGGAUGUUUCUACGAUUUCUAAGACCCCUACCGAUGAGGUCACUGAUUCAACUCCUCUGGCUUUCCAUACAGUCAACCCUCACUCUAUGCAUUUGUCAACAAUUUAUGAUGCAUCUGUGCAUACAACUUCAGCUGAGGUAGUUACCAUGUGGCAUGAUCCUAAGAGAAUUGUCGAAGAACUUUUAGAAGGAACAAACAUUUUUGCUACAGUUGACCCAUGCUUAGACGAUAACUGCCCACUAAUCACUAAGAGCCAAUUAAUCAUCAUUAUGGUCAUUGUAUGUCUACUUUUGUUAGCAACAGUCGCAGCAGUGUGGUGUUACAAGAAACAGCAGGAUAGCGCAAUGUACAAUUUCAAAGGAAAAAAACAGACAAACCACACUCAACAGAUUGAAAUGCAGAAAAUAUGAAAAUUAUUUUUAAAUAAUACAACACUUUUCCUAACAAAGUGAGUUUGUAUUUAAAGAUUGAUUUGGUAGACCAGUGUAGCAGGAUAUUCUGUGUAGUUUGUAGUCAUUCAGAAUUUAUUUUGAUUCAUAUGAAUUCUUUACAAAUCUAGGGAUCCUGCUACAUAAUUAGCAUAACCAAAAACAAAAGAUGUGUGUACUUCUAGUUUGGGGCCUGGAUUUGUACACAAACAGUAAUUUAAAGUACUGUUAUAAUGCGACAAUUCCAUUGUCAUGAAUGAAAAAGAGGGGACAGGAAGAUUAAGGAAAUACAUCUAACAUUUUUUUGCAAUCCAGAAACAGAGCUUGUUUUGUUUAAAUAUAGGGCUGCCUGACAAAAUGUUCUUAUAUGAUUGCAGUUUCCCAUAACGCUGCAGAUUUUAAGAAAAGAGAUAAAAAUUUGUGGGAAGAGAACACGCUGGCAUAUAUAUAGGGGACAAGUGUUGUCUGUCUGUUCCCAGAAUCAAUGAAGCUAGCAUAAUCUGGUAUAUACAACACAGUUCACAUUUAAUGCAAUCACACAUACCAGUUUAUGUUUUCUAGAGCUACAUAUACUUUGCAAAAGCUUUAAAAUUUGUGCACUGCUAGAAAUUCUACACUGGAAAAUAAGGAAGCGUGACUUAGCAUGCCUCCUUCUUAAUAGAAAUAGAUGUUUUUAAAUGUGCACUUAAAUCUACAAGCAGAUGUUGCUGCUACGGCUUAGCAGAUAGAAACUUUGUGUUGUUUCGAAGUGGUUGCAUACCCGCGUUUCAGUUCUGGAGUUCAGAGGCACAUUCUUGAAUGUAAAACUAUAAUAUGUGGCCUCAUAGUGCGUAAUUACAUUGAUCACAUCAGCAACCGUUUGCUUCUAGAAGCAUACUAAAUGAUGCAUGCUGACAUAACCCACACUCUUAUUAAUGCAACCUACUUCCUAAACCGUAUCCAGUCUCAAAGUAGGAUACUCUAGAAUCUAUAAAUCUGGGACAUACUUUCAUAAAUAUGUAUGUGCAUACACACUACACACUAUAAGAAAAAGAUCAUAGAGUUACAGUGGCUAAUGUUGCAGCAAGGUUCUUUCUCUAUGAUGCUUACUGUUAAGAAAAGCUGUCCAGAGUUCACCAAUCUUUAUCUGCUAAACCACGGUUAAGUGCACAGUACAAUCAAUUCUAGCUAUAUAUGAAACAAAACCAAAUGACAUUACAGCCUCUAUAUGACGUAACAGCAUAAUUGUUAAAGAAUGAUUCAUGUGUACAGCCUUAUCAACAUAGGUGCUUGAGAGUAGUUGAUUUAAAAAAAAUAUUGAAAAUGUAUAUGGUUAUCAUGCAUAUUUAAUAUUAUCAUUUGUUGUUUAGAUGUUGAAGGAGUAGAACUGUUGGUAAAAUGUAUAUCUGUUGUCAAAAUACAUAUAAUCUAUAAAAAGAUUGAAAUAGAAGAAAUAACCACUAAAUGUAACUGCUUUAUAUUUUCCAUUCAGUAUAGACUAUAAAUAAGCUAAAUGAAUAAUUAACAUCCUAUUUAGCUUAAAAUUGAAAUGCCACCAUCACAGCUUUUAGCAUAACUAAAAGUAAUUUAUUUAGCAAUAUAUUGCCUUUUAAUAUAAAACAUAGGUUUGAUUUAGUGAAUAGAAAUGCAAAAUUUAGGAUUUGUUUGACAGAUCUGCUAUAUGUAAUGGCUACUCCCGUUGCAAAGCUAGUCAAAUAUGAAUUGUUAUAUGGCUCUAUCUUCCAUAACCUUCUGUCACCCACAUGUUUUGCAUCUCAUCUAUUUCAAUAAAAGUUGGUGACACAAAUGCACCAGAAACAGUAAA